AUGGACCUGACGCUAAUCACCGGCAAGGCCUUUCCAACAAGAUUGACAGCCGCCUGGCCCAACCUGCUCAAGGCCAGGCAGUCGCUUCUCGCCCGCUGGAAAGGCCAGCGCCUGAGCCGCAGGUUGCGCAAAAAGAUCUCCGAACUGAACAAGACCAUCGAGGAGCGCUGCCGCGUCCUCGCCAAGCAGCAGUGGGACGAAGUCUGCAACUCGGUGGACGGCCAGAUGCGCAAUGGCAAGACAUGGAACCUGCUCAAGCACCUGCUCGACGAGGCUAACACCAGGACCAGCCAGCGGCACCUACUAGCGCGGACCGCACACGAGGCGAAGCAGUCCUCUUCCGAAGAGGAGGUCAUGAAGCGGCUGGUGCAAAAGUACCUCCCUGUCGACUCGAGUCGCGCAACGACGUACCCCAAAUACGGCGGACCGGCCAACCUUAAACUGGACGCCAAGAUCUGCAGCGAAGAGUUUCACCGGGCGCUCCACGAGCUCAAUGGAAGGCGAACCCUGUGCGUGUUAUGCCCUAAUAAAGUUUACUUACAUACUAUCCUGCGCAACCCGGACUACCUGUCGAUCGAAUACCUAACCGAAGUCAUCAAUGAUGCUUGGAAGAUCGGCGAGGUCCCCGAUUUGUGGAAGCUCGAACACAUCGUGCUCAUCCCCAAGCCCGGCAAGCCACCCAACCGGGACAACCUGCGCCCCAUUUCGCUCACGUCCUGCGUGGGCAAGGUGGCCGAGCACGUGGUGCUCAAAAGGCUCAUCCGGUACUUGGAGGACAAUGGGAUCUAUCCGCACACUAUUAUCGGUUUGCGGGCCGAGCUCUCGACGCAAAACGCUAUGAAGCUACUGAAGCACCAAGUCAUCGACCGCAACUCUCGAGACACGCGGGCCAUUCUCGGCCUAGACCUGGAGAAAGCCUUCGAGAAUGUUACCCACUCUUUCGUGUUGUGGUCGAUCGCCGAGCUCGGCCUGGAGGGCAGAUUCUGCGAGUACCCCAAAUUGUUGCUGACCCGCAGGAAACCCACCCUCAGGGCGCGAGAGCUGGUCUCCGAAGAGAUCGAGCUGGGCUCGCGCGGCACCCCUCAGGGAUCGAGGUUCUGGCGCAUCGAGGACAUUAACCACACGAUUUACGCCGACGAGAUCACCAUUUGGUGCUCGGGCGGCAGUGACGGGCAGAUCAAGCGCGCCCUGCAGGAAGUCAUAGACACCGACGAAGAUCACCUCUGUCCUAUGGGCCUGAGGUGUUGCCCAAGCAAGUCCGAGCUCCUCCUCUACCAACCCACUAGGCGAGGGCCCAAACCCAAGGGCUGGAAACCGAUCGCGGAGAGUGAGAUCAAGCUCUUCACCGGAGACGGCGUCGCAAUACCCAGAGUUGACUCCAUUCGGGUCCAUCGCAUGACCAUCGCGUCCAACGGUCCCAACGCCAAGACUAUACUCAAGCUCGCAACUAAGACGGAAAACACGGUUCGGCUAGUACGCGUGCCGAGCGCGACAAGCUCAACGUCCUGCUCAGGAAGAUCACGAAGCCGGCCCUCGGUAUCCCGAUCAGAAUACGCACAGAGCGUCUACUCCAGCUCAGAGUACAGCUCAGAUAUUGCCGAAGCGCAUGAGCGGGCACAGGUGGCGCGUCUUUCAACCUCCCAGACCGGUAGGCGUAUACUACGAGAGCUCGGCCACUCCCCGGCUUCAGUGAGCGAGAAGAUGGGACAGGUGCCCCGCGAGAUUCGCGAACUCAUUACCGUGGCACCGAUCUCGAUGAACGUCCAUCCCGAGUACAACCGCGGCAGGCGACGGGCCAGAGCAGCUGCUAUUAUCAAGCAGAUUCACAGCGAGGAACGCAGCGUUAGCUUCGUCGACACGGCAGCCUACCGCGGGAGCCGCGCCUUUUCCGCGAUUGUCGUCGACUCCAAACAGCAAAUCACCAACUGCGCAUCGGUCCGCACCGACGACCUGGCAAUUGCCGAGCAAGUGGCCAUCGCCCUGGCCAUCCUGGACGGCGAAAGGGAUGUCAUCUAUACCGACUCGAGGUGA